UUGCGCCAGUUGUCGUUCAGAAUAGUGGCACACAGCAUCGCUGCACCGUUUUGCCAAGAUGGCAUCCGCGUGUUUGACCCUUCUAAUCGGUGCCCUAGUCCUGUUGACCGUGUACCUAAUUAAAAAGUACACUUAUUGGAAGCGACGAGGAAUUCCAACGGCAAGCGGAGUUCUUCCUCUUCUGGGUAACAUGUUGCCAGUGUUAACCUUGAGGUACAGCCACUUGAGCUACAACGUGAAAGUGUACGACGAUCACAAAGAGCACAGUAUGGUCGGAUACUACAAAUUUCUGAAACCGGUGCUGCUAGUUCGCGAGCCGCAGCUAAUAAAGACAGUGAUGCAAACGAAUUUCUCGAGUUUCGCCGACACCGGAAUGAUACUGCGACCGGACCUGGAUCCGCUGCUCUCGAAGAAUCCAUUUUUCAACGUAGGCGAAGCGUGGUCGCGCGCUAGGAAGCGAAUGACCAACGCGUUUUCGAACGCGAAAUUGAAGAUACUCCACGGAGCCGUUAACGGAGUCUGCAAAAAAUUCGAGGACUUUUUGAAUCGGCAGUUGUCUACCAGCGACAAGUACGAGGUCGAGUUGAAGCAAUUAUUCUUGAAAUUCACCGGCGAAGUUGUGGCCAACGCCGGUCUGGGCAUCGAGGGAUACUGCUUCGACGAUAACAAGAAAUCUAUGGCGUUCUAUGCGAUGUUGGAACCGCUUUUCAAAACGAACCUCUUCAUGGGUAUCUUGCAAAUUAUCUUUUUCGUUCCCGAACUGAGAAAUUUCUUGCGUUUGAGGUUCAUACCGAAGGAGCUCGAUCAAACGUUCAGAGGCAUCGUGAAGGAGAACCUGCAGAUCAGACGAAAUGAUCCAAAAGAAAGAAGCGAUUAUCUGCAGGUGAUGAUCGACAUGGAAAAGACGGACAAACAGAAUAUAGACGAAGAAGCGAUCACAGCCGAAGCGUUGUCCUUGUACGUGGACGGUUUAGAGACAUCCAGCAUCACCCUUAGUUACCUCGGUUUUCAUCUGGCGACGCAUCCGGACAUACAAGAAAAAUUGCGACAGGAAGUGAAGUCCAAAAUCGCGAAAUAUGAUGGGGUGCUGACGUUUGAAGCACUGAAGGAAAUGACGUACAUGGAUCAAGUGAUCAGCGAAUCACAAAGAUGCUGUCCCGUUGUAUCCGCGCUUAAGAGGCAAUGUACCGAAACGAUCGAAUUGAAGGGAUCCGAUGGACUGUCCUGUCGAGUGCAGCCUGGCACAAUUGUUAUGAUACCCAACUUCUCGUUGCAACGGGACCCGAAAUAUUGGCCUGACCCUGAACUGUUUGACCCGGAACGCUUCAACGAAGAGAGAAAGCAGGAUAUCGUGAAAAUGACUCAUCUUCCCUUUGGAGAAGGCCCGAGAAUGUGUGUGGGCAUGAAGAUGGCGAUGCUGCAAAUGAAAUCGUGCGUGGCUACCUUGCUCAGCAAGUACAAAUUGGAAUUGUCGAAGAAAACGCAGCAGCCUUUGAAAUAUGUGCCUCAUUCCUUCAUGUUGACACCCGUUGGAGGAAUAUGGGUUCACAUCUCAAAGAUUUAGUUACAUAGCAGUUUAUAUUAACAUUGUUAUUUACAUAUUCUGAAUUUUUAUUUCACUUAGCUGUAAUGUAUCUGUGCUAAACUCAGAUAAAAUGCCAAAAAUAAUUUGAGGCGUAUCAUUAAAUCGCUGUAUCUUAA